UUGGGAAUCGAAUUUCGAUUCCAAUUCUGGAAUCGGAUCCAUAAGGAAGGAAUCGGAUCCUUGUUAUGAAAUUAAAAUUUCGAUUCAACGUUUCGAUUCCAGACCGCACGUCACGUGACCUAUAGCCAUCUCCGCGCAGUGCGUAGGACCGUCCGCUCGGAUACUAAAAGUCAGUCAGUUCGCAAUCGCACGAUGGACCGUGGUGGUAGGGCAGGAAGGCACUCAAAAGUGUGGCUGCAUUUUGCACAGUCAGCAAAAGACAAAGCGAAAUGUAAUUAUUGUGACAAAAUAUUAUCUUGCACGACGGGUGUCACCAGCAACAUGGCAAAGCAUCUGCGGUUGGUGCAUCAAAUCGAGUUACAAGAAUGCACCGUGUUUGAUGCGUUGCGCACCCCGAGUGCCGACUCUGUGCACCCCGAGUGCUCUUCAGCCGCUGCCAGCAGAAGUGCGGUUGCAGCGCCGACACAUGAUCGUACACGUGAGACCCCUUUCUCCCUCGCUUUAAAAGGAAAACUCACGCAGGAAAAAACUGAGGAGUGUGACAGGUCGGUCACAACAUUUAUAGUUAAAGGGCUGCAUGCAUUUUCUGUCGUUGAGUCGCCAUCAUUUAGGUAGGUGUUACAUUACGAGGGAAAAUUAUUUAAAAAUCAUUUAGCCUAGCCACAGCUAGCCUAGACAUGUUUUUAUUUAUUUUCAGAGCGAUGACCAGGGCGCUCAACGCAAAGUACACACCCCCUUCCAGAGACAGAUUGUCCAACAUCUUAAUACCUGCAUGGUACAAGGUAGAAAAGGCAAACUUGAUAACUGAGCUAACAACUGUAAGCAAAGUGGCCCUGACCAGCGAUAGCUGGACAAGUAUGUCCCAAGAUCAUUAUCUCACAGUGACAGCACACUACACUAUCAAAGGGGAAAUGAGACAGAAAGUUUUAAAAACCAAAGCAGUAUACCAAGCACAGACAGGGCAAGUUGUUGCUGAAGAAAUUAGUGAUAUUGUGCAAGAAUUUGGCAUAAUGGAUAAAAUAGAGGCUGUCACUGUGGAUAAUGCCGCUAAUAUGGAUGUGGCCAUAAAAAAGCUACAAUUCAUAAAGCUAGGUUGCUUUGCCCAUACUCUUAACCUUGGGGCUCAGACAAUCUAUUCAGUGGCGUCUGUGGCAAAAUGGACAGCAAAGAUCAGGAACAUUGUUGUUUGGAUGAAGAGAUCAUCUAUGGCAAAGACUGUGCUCCGGGAAAAACAACAGAUCCUUAAUUUGCCUGAACACUCACUUAUCCUUGAUGUAAAGACCCGGUGGAAUUCCCUCUACUUGAUGCUGGAACGAUUCCUUGAACAGUAUCCUGCUAUUCAAGCAGCAAGCUUAGAUCCUCGUUUGAGAAAGCCAAUAGAGCGGGACAGACUUGCUCGUCUUACCGAUGAAGAUUUCAGCAAGGGGGAAGAGUUCAUCCAGCUGAUGAGAAUCUUGUACAAAUCUACACUCUGUGUUUCUUCUGAGAAAAGCCCUACAUGUGGUCAGAUUUUACCGAUUUUUCAAAAGCUUGAGAAGCACUUUAGAGUGACAGAGAAAGACACAGUGUUUGUGUCCAGCAUUAAGCAAGCUGUCUGGGAAAACCUGUCCAAACGAUACCAGGGGGAUGACAUCAGAUGCUUUCUUGAGGAGGCCACUGUAAUGGACCCUCGCUUUAAAGACAAAAUUGAGGACAGCACAACUGUCUGGGUCAGGAUAAAAGAGAAGUUGUUUGCAGCAAAUCGGUCUGAACAGCCAAGAGUGGAUUGUGGACAAGAAGUUGUGCAGUCAAAUGAUGAGAGAAGAAAUCAAAGAGAGGAUAGCGAGGAAGAGGACAUCAUGAAGUAAAUAAUCAUUUUCAGAAUUAUAUUAAAAUUU